UGGCAAACGGAAUGGAGAUUGUAGUGAAAAAAUGUGUGAGAAAGUUAUAGAAUUAAAGCGCGAAAGUGCUAAUGAGUGAAUUAUAAAGACAUCAAAGCAGCACCAUUUACCCAGCCGACACUAAUUGGGCAUUGUAGCAACAGUGUCCUGCAAACGAUGUCCUCCUUCUCCUCCGUGUGUGUGUGUUUUUUGUAGCUGCUGCCAAACAAGCAAGCGGAGCAAGUUCUUCAUAAUAAUAAUAAUAAUGAUGAUGCCGCGAAAACUCGUGUGACAAUUAUAGUGAUAAGUGAGUGAAGGAAGGUAAUCAAUAUUGUGCGUGCUGCCGUGGUGGUCGAAUUCAUUCUGAGGUGAAGAAGGUGAAGAAAAAGAAAAAGAAGAAAGAGCAAAAAAAAAAAAAACGGACGCACACCGAUCAUCGCGACAUCGUGUCGUGAGUUCUGAUUAUGCCGCUUUUGGUUGCUCCGAGAAGUUCGCAUGGAGUGGCCCUCGUAGACCACCAGCAUCACCACCUGCAGUACCGUCAGCUGCACCGUUCUUCCGGUAGCGAGAACUCAGUACCAGAACCGAACCGUGUUGUCGCACCCGAACCGAAGCCGUUUGUUGGGAAAGCCGCCGCAGAAAGUGCGGUCGAUUUCAGUAUGUCAAAGUUUAAAGCAUCGUCGCGACAUUCGCUGUACCGUCAGUUUUACGGUGGUGAUGAAUCGCCACCGUACGAGAAGCCGGAAGAGACAGAACCCGCCGAGCCGGAAGGGCGCGAAAAAUCCUUCGGUAAGUAAAUAUCGUCAAACGGUGAAAUUAAAUCCGCGCUGCUCACCCAAUCCCGU